GUAGCGGGUACCGCGCCGGUAGGUUAACGUCCAUCAGGCGAGUCUCCAAGACUGAAAGCGUUGGGAACACGGAACAGAUUGCCUUCCUUGUAUUUAUUUGAAACUGAUUUUCAGCCAAGAGAACAGCACUUAUAAUAAUUUGUUUAAAUCGGAAUUAUGACAUUUACAAGUCGUUAUUUCGUCUGCAACAUGGACCAAUCUCCUGUGCUGUUUUGGAGUUAACCUUUUUCUUCGGCUGGUCUGGGAAAAUGUGCAUCUAAUUUUGGAACGAGACGCAGGAGAGAACUCCAUUUAAACAAAUUGUUCUUAUAUCAACGUAUUGCAGAUAUUGCAGAUAAUUGCAGAUAUCAACGUAUUUUUUUAUUCUGACUUAGACCGUCCAUAAUGGAUUUCGUGACACAUGAUCGAAUUUUUGUUUGAGAACCAAUUUCUUAUCGCGCAAUUUUGCUCAAAAACGAACCAUAAUAUUGUGGUUUGCCUCGGGUAACAUCACUGACUUCUCAUCACUCAACCACCGGCCUUGCCGGUUUCAGCUGGCUGUUUCGAAUCCGAUUAUCAGGGAGUACUGCGAGAAAAGAUCAGGAGAAGAAAAAACCCCAGAAACAUCACAUCAAACUUGAUAUAAAGUGCCGUCAUUUCUUAAGAUGGAGACGACUAUGGUGGACCCAGUGUGCAACGGAACGUUGGGCAACGGGACGACGGGUUGUGAGGCGGGAUCGAACGGUACCGAAAUGCCGACAACCGCGACGUGGGGAAGUUUGGAUAACGAUAUGUACAACAGUUGGGAUGACGCUACGUGGAUUCUGACCAGUGCUUUUGUCAUCUUUACCAUGCAAUCUGGAUUUGGAUUAUUGGAAUCUGGCAUGGUAUCCCGUAAAAACGAGGUGAACAUUAUGGUCAAGAAUGCAGUGGACGUCAUCUUCGGCGGGCUGACGUAUUGGAUUUUCGGGUAUGGCUUUAGCUUCGGGACCGGGCCGGGCACCAACGCGUUUUGUGGUAUUGGUCAUUUCUUCACCGAUUCCACUGAUCCCGAGGAGAUGGGCUGGAUCUUUGCUAAAUUCGUGUUCCAGGCUUCCUUCGCUACCACGGCAACCACUAUUGUAUCCGGUGCCAUGGCAGAACGGACCAAACUGGAGGCGUACUGCGUCUUUUCUCUCGUCAACACUCUAAUCUACUGCUUCCCAGCUCACUGGAUUUGGUCGAAAGAGGGCGUCUUCGCCAGGAUGGGCGCCAUCGAUAUUGCUGGAGCUGGGGCAGUUCACCUCGUUGGGGGCGCUACCGGGCUCGUGGCCACCCUGAUGCUGAAGCCCCGUAGAGGGCGUUUCACCGGUAAGGGCGAGUCUGAAAUGAGCAACCCGACCAACGCCCUGCUAGGGAUGUUCAUGCUGUGGUGGGGCUGGCUGGGCUUCAACUGCGGUAGUACCUUUGGCAUCUCUGGUGGAAAGUGGAAACUGGCCACGCGGUCUGCCAUGGUGACCAUUACGUCAGCCAUCGGAGGGGGCGUGACCGGACUAGCGUUCAGUUGGACCACGCUAAAUCGCACAUUUAACAUUACCUAUUUAAUCAACGGUGUAUUGGGAUCGCUCGUAGGCAGCACAGCCAUAUGUGCUCUGGCCAGACCGUGGGAGGGGCUUGUGAUCGGUGCCGUCGGGGGCGCUAUUGCAGUAUCCACGCCCACUCUCCUAGAGAGACUCAAGAUUGACGACCCAGUGGGUGUGAUUGGCGUCCAUCUGCUGGCGGCUGUGUGGGGCUUAACUGCCGUGGGUCUCUUCGGCAAACCAGACAACAUCGAGAACCUCACUGAUCAAUCAGGUCUGUUUUACGGCGGUGGGUUCCGUUUGCUGGGCGUGCAGUUGCUGAUGGCAUUGACCAUAUUCGUCUGGACCUGUCUCACUGCGUUCAUACUCCUAUUUGCCAUCAAAAAGACGGUUGGUUUGAGGUGCUCCGUCGAACACGAGAUCCUGGGAGCCGAUAUAUGCGAGCACGGCAUCAACCAGCUAGAUCACAACGAGCGACUGGCGGUCACCAAAGAGCUUCACAGUCUAGGGUUCGAAUCCCCAUUCGAUUGUCCGAGCCCCCGGGUCCGGCUCCGCAGCGCAUCGAGCCGUCGCCGGUCCUACACCACCCGUACCCCCAGCGUGGCCACCGUGACUGGUACGGUAAAGCCCCUGGAGGCGGCCCCUGUCAACGAGCAGGGGACUAACGGCCUCAACUCGUACCUCACGCCUAAAGCCGGCUCGGACCAGACGGAACUGGAUCUGGUCGGUCACAACUGGAUCCUGCUGGAGAAACACAAUGAUAAUGGGCAGAGGAACAGUCUUCCACGGCCGGAGGAAUUAACGCUGUCCAUCAGUGGUUCACCCAAGCCGGACAGACAGACUAGAGAAUUGGAAGUGGGUACGGAUAAUCCAACCUUCGAUGCGCCGCAGAGUCGAUCCGCCAGUCCUGCCACCGUUCAUGCUGAGACCGUCGUGAGAGAAAACGUGUCUGUUGUGUAGCAAACGAACUAAACAAUCCAAAGUGAAAGAAUGACUGCUCGUGAGCCCAUCCCCAAAGUCUGCGAAACCGUGGUAUUUGAAUACUCUAGUGAGAAAUGUGGCUGUUUAAUUGAGUUUGAAGGGUUCAUGCGAUGAAGUUUUCUUAGAAACACAAUUUAUGUAACUUUCUAUUCCUCUUAAAUGUAUUAAAACUAUUCGACAUCCCUUUUUGGUUAAUUAUAUUGAAAAGUGCAGUUUUUUAACCAUUUAAAAAUGUCCAAGCUUUUCCUGAAACAUAUAGGCGCUGUUGAUGUGAUGUCAUUUCAGGAAGACACUGUUCACUUUCGCUCUGUCCAAAUAUUGUGUCUCCAACAUUUGCUCAUUGAACUUCGCUUAUUGGCUUACUGUCAUGUGC